AUUUUGUCUACUGUGCAAAAAUGUUUAAGAAAAAAUAAAUUAGUUGGCAAUCAAACUAGAAACAAUAAGAAAAAAAAGUUUGAAUAGACAAUUGAAAGUAUAAAGUCAACGUUGCACUUUGAAUUAUUUAAGAAAAAAAAAAUGAGAAAUGAUGCAUUGAAAGGAUAAUUUAUUUAUUAGUUGAGGAAUAGUCUGAUAAGAAUUUUAUGUUCAUAAGAAUUUACCUGUAAUUGUAAUUAAUAAAGAAAAGUUGUGCAAAAGUUGUGACAAAACUUGACAAUAGUUGUGAUAAUCAAUUUCUCUGAUUUCAAAUAAUAUUCGUACCUACAAAAAAAAAUCAUCGACACGGCUUCACGAUGGGUCUUGACUUCCUGGAAACGGGUGGCACCGAUUUCGAAAACGCAAUUAUCACGAGUGGCUUUGGCAAGUUUCAUUUCUCCCUGCUGACUGUUUGCGGACUCAUUUACGCGAAUACCGCUGUGGGAAUCACCAUUUUGUCGUUCGUUCUGCCCUCCGCCACGUGUGACUUUAAUUUGACGUCUGAGAAGAAGGGAUGGUUGACAGCUGCUCCGAUGCUUGGCAUGGUCAUUGGAUCGUACAUUUGGGGAUGUUUGGCGGAUACAAAAGGGCGACGCGUGGUUCUGAUCGCUGCAUUGCUACUGGAUGGCGUUUGUGGAUUAAUUUCUUCGGUUACGCCGGAUUUUAUUAGUUUUUCCGUGCUGAGGUUUUUCAAUGGAUUUGCAAUUACCGGAGCAAUGGGAAUUUGUUUCCCGUACCUCGGGGAAUUUCAACCCACAAAAUAUCGAGAGAAAAUUUUGUGUUGGAUGGAAUUAUUUUGGACCUUGGGCAUCAUUGUUUUACCUUUAAUCGCUUGGGGCAUCAUUCCUCUUGACUUCAAAUACAUCCAGGGCAAUUUCUUUUUCGGCAGUUGGAAUUUAUUUGUGGCUGUGUGUGCCUUGCCGAGCAUUUUGAUCGGUCUCUGGCUCUUUUUCUUUCCCGAAUCUCCCAAAUUUUUGUUGGAGUGCGGCGAAACGGAGGCUGCGCUCGAUGUUUUGCGCGAUAUUUUCCAAAGCAAUACCGGAAGAGAUCGUUCCGAGUAUCCAAUAAAAAGUCUCAAAGAAAAGGAACAACAUGUGCCCGGUUUGAAUCGCUCCAUCAGAACACUCAAGAUGAGCAAGCCGAAAGAGCUGAAAAUCCUAAUUCACGAAAUUUGGGAGCAAACAAAGGCGCUGUGGAGUCCGCCGUAUUUGAAAAAUACAACGUUGGCAUGUUUAAUUCAGUUCGGGAUCACGACAAGUUAUUACACGUUGAUGAUCUGGUUUCCAGAAUUGUUCUACAGAUUCGAGUCCUUUGAGAGACAUUAUCCGAAUGAGACGACGUCUGUUUGUAAAGUUUCCUCUAUCGUGUUGAAUCAUCCGAAUAAUACCGUCAUCGAUGAAAUCGACUACUGCAGCAGCAAAAUGGACAACGAAAUCUACCUUCAUACCCUCAUUAUUGGACUGGCAUGCAUUCCGACAAGUCUCUGGUUGCCCAUGUGCGUGCACAGGCUCGGAGCAAAAUUUUUCUUGAUUUUUAGCAUCGUGGUCGCAAGUAUCGCCACAAUUUUACUGUAUUUCGUGCAGACAUCGUUGCAAAAUCUCAUCCUGUGUUGCAUCUUCGAGGCGCUUACGUCGCUGGGCAUCAGUGCCGUGUACUGCGUCAUGGUAGAUCUCUUUCCGACAAAUUUGCGCGUGAUGGCAGCUGCGCUGGCGUUGACUUUCGGCCGAAGCGGAGCCCUAAUGGGCAAUUUGCUGUUUGGCUAUUUGAUUGAUUUGAAUUGCCUCGUGCCAAUUUUGUUGUUUGGACUGAUGUUGCUGAUAAGCGGGAUUUUGUGUUUCUUUUUGCCGAGCACGGGACAAGAUGCGUUGGAUUAAAAAACGGAAAAUUUGAUGAGAAAUUCAAUAAAAAUUAGCAAUAAUUAGUUAGUUAGGCAAAUCUAUCACCAACCACAUGCAUGAUGAGAGAAAUCUAGUUAAUUAUUUUUUUUUGUUCUUUAUUUAUGAUUAUUUAUAGUUGUUACUUAAAUAUUUAACGUCACGUCACGUCCUUAACAUGUAAUGAUGAUAUUAAGCUUAAUUUUAGAUAAAUGUAAAAAAAAAACAGAAAAAUAGCGAAGGAUAUGAGGAUUGCUCUAAUUAUAAACUCUAAGUUAAGUUGUUACAGUACGUCAGUGGCUUUUUUA